AUCUGCUGAUAAAGUAGGUUUUAUUGGCGUUUUGCCCCGGAGACGUAGAAAUUUAAAUUUAGCGAAUCAACAUAUUUUUUCAUCGCAUCAUAUAAAAAAAAGUGACAAUGGAUUAUAGUUCUGAUCGAUGAAAUCUUGGUAUACCUACUUACGGAUGGAAUAAAACUUUAAAUAACAUACCUAGUUACCUAUGCGCGUAAUGAGCUAAUGGCAUAAUGGCAAAGUAUCUCAAGUCUUUUUUCACCCCGAGCGAGAAGAAAAGCCGCACAAUUGUCUAUGAGGCGGAGGCGGAAGAUGGCGACCCGCCUAUGGACAGCCGGCGGAAGCUGUCUAUUUCCCGCUCGGGGAGGCUGAAGCAGGCCAACAAGAAGAGGCAUUCGCUCAAUAAGGAUCUGUAUGGAGAGAACUACACGCCAGCUGAAAGGCCAAAGACAAUGGAGUACCAUGUAAACUACCCAUCCAAACCUGACGUGACCAGCGAUUCUGACCGACGAUGGAGUGUCGCAAAAAUCGUUGACGCCCAGAAACCUAACCUAAAACCUACAGCCGUAGAACGAAGGCCUAGUAGCGACACUAGGAUUUUAGAAACGGAAAUAGACAAUGCUUUUGAAGACAUAGACAAGACGUAACAGUCAUGCAUUGGCAAGUUUGUGGAUAAGAAUAAGAAGUGGUCCUGUGCUAAGAUUUAGUUCAGGGUUUAUAGAAUUUUAUGGUUCUACUUGUAGCUACUUACUAUAUUAAUGAUAUAGAUUAAUACAUAAUAAAAACAUUAUAAUAUUAAUACUGUAACACGGUUUUGGUUGUAAUUAAUGACAACCAAGAUAUUGACACGCGCGAACAAAAUUUGUUACGUAAAUUGAAGGAGUGACACCUCAGCCGGCGCCGGUGGUGUUGGGAAAAGGUGCCGGCGCCGGUUUAGUUACCGGGCACUCCCUAAAAUGUCUUCUACUCAUAUAGGGUCCUAUAGGAUUGUUAUUAUUAUUGGUUAAUUGAUACUUUGAGUUUCUAGAACCAUACAUACUAAAUCUAUGAAUGGAAUAAUCAGCCCAUUGGACGUUCACAACGACAUAAACUUGCCAUUUUAUAAGUAAUAUCUCAUCUUUUUUUCCAUAUUUUAAUACCAUGACAUGAUAAAUGUUAUUAUGUAGGUAAUAAUACAUUGCAAGCUAUGUAUUAAAUACUAAAAUAUGUAUGUAAAAUAUAUAAUCCGUGAUGUGCCAAAGUGUAGCGAAAAUGUAUCGUUCUAGCAAAUAUUCUUGCUAGUAUAUUUGCGAGAACAGUUUAAAGAUUUUUGAACGAUUCAGCUAAAACUUGUCUAAUACCAUGUUUCGUUUUAAUAAGGCGUUACAAGAGUUUAUCUAAAACAGGCUAAACGCAAUCAAAUGACAGGAAAUUAUCAAUCUUUAUCUAGGUAUAAAUUGAUAUUGAUCUGUGUGCUUCUGUAAUUAACCCAAAUAAUAAUAUAUUUGUCUUAAUAAAAUUGUAAUGAAUACAUUUUAAACAUAUUUAUGACAUCUAAAUCUAAAUAAUCUACAUUGCACCACAAGAACACAAUUUAUCAUUGAGAUAGACAACUUAAAUGCACCGUUUAUCAACUAUUUAUCUACUGUUAUAUUAGCUUUUUUUAUUGUCGAGCCAUUUCGCAGAAAAAGUAAUGAAGUAUUGAGAAAUUUUAUUUAUUGGUUCAAUAAUAUCGUGCUGAUUAUUAUUAUUUGGCGGAUUCGCCAUACAGUGCUGGGUUUCAUUAGCGAUAAAUAAAAUCUCUCAUACAAACUACACAAUGCUCGUACACGCGCGUCACCAUCUGUCUGUGUUCGGCGAUAGUGUGUAGCUGACAUAUAAUUUGGUGCACCCAAUUUAAUUGAUCGUCUAGCCACUUUUACAUAUAUAAUCAUAAAUAAAAAAAUACCUACGUAUUUUUUUAUUGGGUGGUUAUCAGAGCGUUUCAACCGGCUGCGGCGGCUGCCAAUUUUCUUGAGGAAGGAAUCAUUUCUAAAAUCAAUAAUUUAUAAAAUGGACAUUACCACAGUACAGAUUUAUUAUUUUAAAGUCAGACGGUUUAACUAAUUCGUGGCUUUGUUGUUAAAACUUGAAAAAUUGUAAUGACAGCGCGGCCGCAGCGGUCGAAACUCUCCGAGAAACACCUAUGGUAUAUAAAAUGGUAUAAUAAUAAUCAUUCUGGGAAUAAAAAGGCCAAUCCUCCUUACUGCUCACUAGCGCCACCAUCAUAUUUUCAUCAAUAUCUUUUGGCUAAUGGCGAAAACUCAAAAAAUACCACAUUAGAUUAUGCAACACUAAAUAAAAGAUUUAAUUAGAACUACCUAUCUAGUUACGAUAUUUACUAUAUUACGAUAUUAUCGAGUACUAACUCGUUUUCCAUUUUACAAAAAGGUGUCACAAUUUGUAACAAGGAUUUUAUUUUACCGUUUUCUUUUUAGGAAAUUGUGGCAUUGUGUCCAAUAGAAAGCUAAUAAAAUAAAUUUAUUUUCACACUACACACUAUAAUUAUGUAGUGUAGUAUAAUCUCCUGUGGUGUAAUGUGCGACUGUAGUAGGGGUUAAAUAAUUGGUUGUUGUAAUCUACUUUUUAAAAAUACGUACACUCGUAAUAUAUUUCAUUAGUUGUAAGUUUAUUAUGAGCUGAUUUGUUAAAAUGCUAAAAAUAUACCGACUGAUUAUGUUGUUUUAUUGUACAA